GAGGACCCUAGCCCUUCUUGUAUCCCCAGACUUUGUGCAAUCGGUUACCUCCCUUACUUUCAAAUCAUCUUUGUGCAAUCAGUUACCUCCCUUACUUCCACAUCAACGUGUCAUUUAACAGCUGCAGACGCUUACGAUGUCAAUAGCAGAUGUUGAUUUAAACAUGGCGGAACCAAAUGACCAAGAUCAUCCCAAUGACUCCAUCUUGUUUAAAACUAUUGCUUCCAAUUGCUUUUCAGAGAACCACGAACUAUUGAGACUGUGUGAUCACAAAACUACACAUGCCAUGAACCUGGCAGUUCCUCAAGCUUCUAGGCUUAAUAUAGGCCACGCCCAUCUUCCACAGUUCCUCCUCCAUGAUGGCACCCGGCUCGAACCCAGAGACGACAACGGAAACACUCUUCUGAUUUUCUCAGCCAAAGAUUUUCUGUACAUUAUGGAUAAGCUCUUGAGGUUGGACGCUGUCGCCAAUGCUAAAAAUAAUGUCAAUGCAACAUCUACGCUGGGUACAUCAAGGGAAGUAAUGCAGGUUUUACUAGUAGACAGAUCCUUAAAUUCAGACGAAAAGAACCAGACUCGAAACACCGCUUUAAUGUCAGCCGCCAAAACAUCACAUAUCCAGAAUAUCAAAUUGCUGAUCAGUGCUGGAGACAGCCAAGACGGGAUUCACAGUGUCCUUCUAAACUGGUCAAAGGAAGACCUUGACUGUUUUCCGCUGUCCAAAAUAACUUUGAUUCUCGAACCGUAUAACCGUAGUAUAAUUUACGAGAGAAAACUGAGACAAAUUGUUUCGUUAAAUAUUUUACAUGUUACCAAAAGAUUGGGAUUGGGUAAACUGCUGGAAAUGUUGUCUAGAGCCAAGUUAGUCAACUCAAUACCUUUACAUCUAGUUGCUGAUGAGAAUGACUUUGGGCUUAGCACCUCUGUGCUGCUGAAUAAUUUUAGUGAAAAUACUGAAACAAUGUUCUCCAAGAAAGGCUUUCCAAGCAUUGUGGGUAAAAUCUUGAGCACGGGCCCUGACGUCAUUGCUAAAAACAACAAAGGUGAUACGGCACAUACAGUGGCUACGUCAAGGGAGGUAAUUCAGUGUUUUCAAGCAGACAGACGCUUACAUCUAGAUAGACAGAGCUCGACUGAGAACACUGCUUUAAUUUCGGUCAUCGAAACAUCACAUUUGCAGAAAGAUAAAUUGCUGAUUAAUGCUGGAGCUAACUUGAACAGACGAGUGUUACUAAAUAGUAAGACUGUCUUUACUGAGAAUAAUUCAAAUGAAAGUGCAUUCUAUGCGGCUAAAGCAUCGGGGUGGGAUAAACUGCAGACGUUGCUGUGUCGUGCCAAAUCGAUGAACUCAAAUCCUUUGCAGUUAGCAGCUGUUGAAAAUGACUUUGAGACCUGCGCCAUGUUGCUGAAGUAUAAAUUAUGUGACAAAGAGGAAACUCAGAAUCUUCGGCCUGACAUCCUCUGUUAUGUUUUUCGACAGAUUCAGCAAAGGGACGCUAUUCUCCCAUCAGCUUUGGAGUUUGUUCGAGAGUUAUGCAGAAUGGGGAUGAAUGUCAACAGAUGCCAGUGCUGUAUAACAUCUCGCAUUGAUUUUGCGCUGAGAAUCGGAAGCUACGAACUGGCUGAAAUUCUUUGUGCUCAUGGCGCUCGGGUCACCCACGAAAAUCUUGUGUCUGCUGUAAAAAGACAACACAUCCACGUGAUUCCUCUUCUAGUAAACUAUGGAACACCGGUAAACAAAUACAACUACCGGGGCCACAUAAUUUACAAGGAUUCUGCUCUUGAUGUAGCAUUAGAGAACUGUUUAACAAGUGCAGCCCGAGUCCUUCUACAGCACGGCGCACAGCUUGACGCCGAGUGCGCUGUCACUCAAGCGUUGAAGAGCGACAACACCAGGACGCUAAUGUAUCUCUUAACAGAGUGCGCUCAACAGACCAAAGCUGUGAUAGUUAAACCUGAAACUUUAAUACACGCUGUGCAGCUAGGAGACAUUCAGUUCAUCCAGCUUCUGUUAGACGCAGGGGCGGAUAUUGACGGAGUGCACGACAAUAAAACUCCUCUAAUGCGCGCUGUCCACAUUGAAGUUAUCAACUAUUUAUUAAACAAAGGAGCCAAUGUCAAUUUUAAAACAAACACAACACCUCUGAUCAACUUGUUCUCUUGUAGAUAUUUCAACUAUAAGAGAUCGACAUUUCAUCCUCAACUAAGCUCAAAAGAGAUGGAAGAGCAAACAAUACACGUCAUAGAUUUAUUUCUCAGAAAUGGCGCGAAAGUGGAAGACACCGAUGAUAAUGGAUGCACGGCUAUGAUUAAAAGCGUUACGGGUAUCCACAGUGUAGAGGUUCUCAAAUAUUUAAUUGACAAGGGAGCCGAGGUAAAUAGACAAAAUAAUAAAGGCUUAACGGCAAUGCACAAAGCAGCAAGGUAUUGCGCAUUUGAUUUCGUGAAUGUUCUAAUAAAAUACGGUGCACUUGUAAACAUGAAAAGUCACGAUGGGCGAACCCCGCUACACCAGGCUGUGGGAAAUAAAGACAUUGUGAAACUGUUACUGGAGAAUCAAGCGAAUGUAAACUUGGAGGAUGACCUUGGAAACACACCCUUAUCUCUCGCAUCAGAUGAUCAUGUUGUCAAACUUCUGAUUGCCUCUGGUUCCGAUGUCAACCACAGAAACAGUUCUGGCAUGUCUCCGUUGUGGCUGGCUGCCGAAAAUUACAACACAAAAUGCCUGGAAAUAUUAAUUAAUGCGAAAGCAGAUUUAGAUCACGAUGACCAGCAAAAAAAAUCAGCGUUGUCUCUAGUUCUCAACAAAUGGUUACCACACGAACGAGUCCAGCAAACGGCAAAAGUACUCCUAGACCAUCAGGCUAGCGUUGCAUUUGUCAGACCUGACGUAAUCCAUCGACUUAUUGCUGCCUGCAAUGAUAGCACUCUGGUUCAGAAAAUUAUGAAAUCUGGUAUUAGUCCAACAGACAUAGUUCUUCAGCAAACUAUUUUUAACUGGCCUGAGACUUCUGUAUCGCCCCUUGCAGUUUCUUUUAUUCUAGACAGCCUGGACUUUGUUAGUUAUUUUAUAGAGAACUGGUACCUAACGAAAUCAGACAUUAAAAUAUUAUCCAGGAACCAGAAAAUCAUAGAUGGCUUGCAACAACGUGAAUCUAAAGCUCUUUCGUAUUUGGAGGAAGUUUCGCGCCAGCCAAUGAGGUUGGAGCUUUUGUGCUUCAUUACUGUCUCUUCUGCUUUAGGUUCAGACCAGGGCAGACGUCAAAGGGUACAUAACUCUAAACUUCCAGUGCCAAUACAAGACAUGCUCUUGUUUUCGAAACUUGAGUUCAAGGUCCUUCUAGCAAAUACUUGGAAUAGGACCAAGUUUCUUUACCAACUGACAAAAAAACAAGUCAAGCAGGAGGACCCGAAAUCACCGUUUUAUGAAAUGUUUGAGAAUUUUUCUAGAAGACGCGUGCGUCGCAUUUGAGUAGCCUCUACUAUUAUGGGGCUUUAGUUCUAAACAUUAGUAGGUCGCUAAAUUCAGUUUUUCUGGCUUAUAGGCCUACAUCACACAUUGGCAGGUUGUAAUAUUACAUUCUGUGUUGCUUCGUUUU